AUGCAAAACUUGAUUGAUGAUCCUGUUUUUUAUAACCUCUUGGUUAAUAAUAGAGAAUCUAUAGGUUCAACAAGUUCAAAUGCCACAAAUUCACCACAAGAAAAACAACAACAACAACAGCCAAAUGCUGUGGAACAAUUCAUAAAGAAUGAACAAGUUGAUUUCAGUUUCUUGAAUAAUGUUGAAUUCCCAUUAAUGAAUAAUAACAACAACAACAAUUCAAUUUCAACACCUUCUGAAACUUCAUACCAAGCUUCAAUUUUUUCAGAAAAUUUAUCAUUACCAAACCAAAAUUAUGAUACUGAUGCUUUAGAUGAUUUAUUAUCAAAAGAUAUAAACUUUCAAAUCUCUUCAGAAUUACCACCAAAACCAACCCCAUCAACAACAAAACAAUUUCAUAAAUUUUACACAUCAACCAUAAACUCCCAAUCCGGCCAACUUCAAACCUCCACUUCAUCAAUCGCCAAACCACAACUAACAUACCAUAAAUGUCCAUUCUGCCAACGUCAAUUCAAAAACAAAUCAUACCUUUCCCGUCAUUUGAAAAAACACGACACUGUCAAAGAUUUCAAAUGUCCCUUCUUUAACGAACAACAUACAAAAUGUCAUCAUCUUGAUGGGGAAUUCUCAAGAAAGGACACGUUCAAGGCCCAUUUGAAAUCUAUUCAUUUUAUUUAUCCAAUCGGGGUGGCGAAAAUUGAUAGAAAUUCAAGCAUGGGCAGAUGUGCUGGUUGUUUCCAAGAGUUUAAAUCAAAUAAUGAUUGGUUGAAUGAGCAUAUUGAAAAGAAGUCAUGUCCUGGUUUUGCAAUCAAUCAAAAAAGUGAUGAAAAUGCAUCAAAACUGUGA